CGGGGGCCGCUUCUCGUUUUCUGGCCAAAGGCGCGCGGGCUUGCUGCGGGGUGCUCGCGCUGCGUGGGCACUUCGCUUUUCUUUGCGCAGUGAGUCCGGGUUGCCCUCGGGCCACGACCGGCACUUACUACCUCGCUGGCCCAUCGUCCCAGCUGAACCUUCCUGAUCUCUUUCCCGGCCAGAUUUCUGACCGGCCCACAUUUUUAUCGGAAGGGGGCGGCGCUGCUUGCCUAAGUAGUUUCUUGCAGUUUAUUGCCUUCCCGAAAACACGGGCCAUUCUGAAUGCGCGCUGC